AUGACGCCUCGUCGCUCUUCGAGAGCCCGCACCACCCAGCCUUCUCCUGCUCUCCUGCAACACACAAACACGAACUCCUCUGCCAGCUCCUCCAACUCUACCACUCGUGAGAGAAACACCCGCUCGAAUCACAAAAAUCCUUCUCCUCAAGGUUCCACCGGUGCUCGCUCCCAGUCCAUCGACGAUACCGAAAACGGCUCGAGGGUCGAUCUCCCACACACGCGCCAGCGCCAGCGUGCCCGCGAUGACGACGAGGAAGAAGAAGACCCCCCCCCUCGUCCCAUGGAAGAAGACGAAAUGGACGAGGAUGAAGAGGAGGAAAUAACUCGGUGUUUGUGUGGCCAGCAGGACUACCCCGGCCUGCCACCCUCUCGUCGCGAAGCUCUCCUCCUUGGUCGCAGUGUAGUCAAGCCGGAGGGCGAACAACCCCCUCCUGAUUCAUCUGACUUGCUCUCCGAUGAAAUCGGUAGCAUGUUCAUCCAAUGCGACUCGUGCAAAGUUUGGCAACACGGUGGUUGUGUGGGAAUCAUGGAUGAGGAGACAAGCCCCGACGAAUAUUUCUGUGAAGAGUGUCGAAAGGACUUGCACACUAUUCGCGGUGAACCAAAUGGCCAGCGCUCCUCUACCUACCUCCCCGUGAACCCCAAAUCAUCACCCGCCCCCUCCGUGCCCUCCUCUCGACCCUCUCGAGCCUCUUCCCACGAGAGCUCAUCACGCCGUUCCAGGGAUCCGAAAUCUCGCCUGAGCGAAAGCGAACAUGUCAAGCGACGCUCGACCAUGAACAGCCGUGAUGCCGCUUACGAUGAAGAAGAGCUAAUCCGACGGGCGAUUGAAGAAAGCAAAGAGGAUACCAAAAGUCUCCCCGACGAAACAUCCAGCCGUCCGGGCAAGAGGAGUCGCAGCGAGAGCGAAGUGCAUAGAGAAGGCACCAAACGCCCGCGAACCGGCUCUCCGUCCCCUGCCGCUGCUUUACCGAAGGAAAACAACCCUGUGUCUCAACCUCCAUCCGAUGACGAAUCCAAAGCGAAGCCAGCAAUGAACGGCACCCGCAGGCAAAGAGCCGCAUCUCGGGAACCAGAAGAGCCUGAGGUGGAAGCUCCUGAAGUUGUCAACGGUCGAAAGGAGAGGAUAGCAGAUCGACGCAAAGGAGAUGAAUCCGAACCCGAGAUUGGAUCUCCCGUAAAAACGGUGCCGAGCGAGCCUGAACCAGUACAAGCAAGCCCAAAUACUCCUACUCAAGAACCCACACCAGCUCGCCCAUCAACACGCAAGUCAGGUCGUCCACCUGCACGCCGUGGCCGAGUUGGACGCAACCAAUAUACCAAGGAUCGAGAUGUGAACGGCAAUGGCACUGAGUCACCACGUCGCGGGCAAUCUCGCGAAAUCGGCGGAGAUUCUCCCAGAGUGGGAUAUAGCAACACAAACGGUGCGCACGUCAAUGGCGGAGAUACCGGGCGGCCGAGCAAGCCCCGGAGUAUGCAUCCGCAGCGCACGACGAUGAUUGAAAUGAAGAGACGUGUGGCAGCAAUUCUCGAGUUCAUCUCGCGUAUGCAAGUUGAGAUGGCUGUUGCCAGCGAGAACUCCUCUACCCCAACAGGAAACGAGGAUCGUUCUCAAGGCCUGCUUUUAAAGAGCAUGGUCGAACAGAUCGAUGCCGCUAUGGCAUCUGCAAUGAGUGACGGCGGCGAGUCAGCCCCGCCUACGACAGACGGCGAUGGAGACGCCUCAAUCCAUGAAAAAGACUUCAAAGACCUCAGCAGUGUGGAAAUGAUGGACGUGCUGACCCGUCACCUCCUCAAGUGGCAGCAAGAAUACGGGAAGUUUGGGGAACGGUAG